AUGGAAUCAAGGAAACUUUGGGUAGAUGUAAUCAGUAGUAAUCGAAACCUAGGAAAUGACAUGAAAACUGAAUUCAUAGCGCCAAAGAUUGUUAUUGGAGUAGCUGAAGUCAUGAUUGAAGAAGAGGAUAUCGUGAAUGAGGUAAAAUUCGGGGAUACAACUUUAAUCAUGUAUGUCUUAGGAGGCAAUUUAAGUAUGCAUAUUGUCAAGAAAUUUAUAAUGAAACAAUGGAAUUUUGCCAAACUCCUCGAUAUGUAUUACAACAAUGAAGGAUAUUUUGUAUUGACAUUCCACUCAUACCAAGAUAGGGACGUUGUAUUGAGAAAUGUCCCCUACAGAAUACAGAAUAUGCCAAUGUUGCUAACUGAAUGGAAAUCAAAUUUCAACUUGAAGAAGGACAUGUUGCGCACAAUACUAGUUUGGAUUCAACUACCGCUACACCUAUGGGGAGUAACAAGCUUAGUUAAUAUUAGUAGCAUUCUGAGCAUAACUUUGAUGACGGAUGAAUGCAUAACAAAUAGGUACCAAAUUUCUUAUGCCAAAAUUCUAGUUGAGUUAGAUAUCACGCAAGAGAUAGUAGAUGAAAUUAUAAUUGGAGAUGAAAAUGGAUAA